CGUGCGGUCCGCGGAGGUACAGAGAAAAACCGCGGGCGGGGGGCUGGAGAGACAGGUUUGUGUGUUGCGUGCAUUCAGCAGGCGGAGCCUCGAGCGCCGAGAACCGGCUGGGUAAGGCCGGAGGCCGGAGCAAUCUUAAUAUACCCACCUUGCCAUGGCCGAAGUCCCUGCUCUGUUCACCUUAAUCUGCCGAUCGGUACUUACUGUUCAACUUUUGCCAAACUGGUCUGUGCCCUGUAAAUACCGGUUGAAAUGAAAUGCACAAUGAAAACAAUGAAGAACUUGCUGAGUCAGAUGUUAGUGAAAAAGCAUUGACCUAGGAGUCAAGACCCACCUCUUCACUAAUUUGAUAUUGUGCAAGUCAUCUUACUUCUCUGCAUCUUAGUUGCCUGAUCUGUAAAAAAGGAGAUAAAAAUUCUUUACCUAUCUGAAGAUGAUGUGGAGAACCAUCUUACUACGAUAUUGUUUUCUCUUGGUUUCCUGUCUACUUACUGCUAUUGAAGCUGUGCCUAUAGACAUAGACAAGACAAAAGUAAAAAAUACUCAACCUGUGGACAGCGCAAAGAUAGAACCACCAGAUACUGGACUUUAUUAUGAUGAAUAUCUUAAGCAAGUGAUUGAUGUGCUGGAAACAGAUAAUCAUUUCAGAGAAAAGCUCCAGAAAGCAGACAUAGAGGAAAUAAAGAGUGGGAGGCUAAGCAAAGAACUGGAUUUAGUAAGUCACCACGUGAGAACAAAACUUGAUGAGCUGAAAAGGCAAGAAGUGGCAAGGUUAAGAAUGCUGAUUAAAGCUAAAUUGGAUUCUCUUCAAGAUACAGGCAUAGACCACCAUGCUCUUCUAAAACAAUUUGAUCACCUAAACCACCUGAACCCUGACAAGUUUGAAUCUACAGAUUUAGAUAUGCUCAUCAAAGCGGCCACAAGUGAUCUGGAACACUAUGAUAAGACUCGACAUGAAGAAUUUAAAAAAUAUGAAAUGAUGAAGGAACAUGAAAGGAGAGAAUAUUUAAAAACACUGAAUGAAGAAAAGAGAAAAGAAGAAGAAUCUAAAUUUGAAGAAAUGAGGAAAAAGCAUGAAAAUCAUCCCAAAAUUAAUCAUCCAGGAAGCAAAGAUCAACUAAAAGAGGUAUGGGAAGAGACUGAUGGAUUGGAUCCUAAUGACUUUGACCCCAAGACAUUUUUCAAAUUACAUGAUGUCAAUAAUGAUGGCUUCCUGGAUGAACAAGAAUUAGAAGCCCUAUUUACUAAAGAGUUGGAGAAAGUAUAUGACCCCAAAAAUGAGGAGGAUGAUAUGGUAGAAAUGGAGGAGGAACGGCUUAGAAUGAGGGAACAUGUAAUGAAUGAGGUUGAUGCUAACAAAGACCGAUUAGUGACUCUGGACGAGUUUUUGAAAGCUACAGAAAAAAAGGAAUUCUUGGAGCCAGAUAGCUGGGAGACUUUGGAUCAGCAACAGCUCUUCACAGAGGAAGAACUGAAAGAAUAUGAAAAUCUUAUCUCUUUACAAGAAAGUGAACUUAAGAAAAAGGCAGAUGAACUUCAGAGACAAAAGGAAGAGCUACAGCGCCAGCAUGACCAACUUCAGGCUCAGAAGCUGGAAUAUCAUCAGGUUGUACAGCAGAUGGAACAAAAAAAAUUACAACAAGAAAUUCCUCCAUCAGGGCCUGGUGGAGAAUUGAAGUUCCAGCCACACAUUUAAAGUCCGAAGUCCACCAGAACUUGGAAAAAAACUGUUAAAUCAACAUCUGUGUCAUCUUUUUACCACCCUUCCUUUUUUUUCUGCUCAAUAAAUAUUUUAAAGCAUA